AUGGAAGCAGGGCUGUCUCUCAAUGUAUAUAUUUUCCUUGGCUCAUUAUCUGUUUCCACUGUGUGUGGAAACCUCCUUGUUAUAAUCUCCAUCAUUUACUUCAAACAGCUCCACUCUCCUACUAACUACCUGAUUCUCUCUCUGGCUGUGGCUGAUGUGCUCGUAGGAGUUUUAGUUUUUCCUUUCAGCAUGGCGUUCACUGUAACCUCAUGCCUGUUUCAUGAGGAUUUAUUUUACAGAUAUUAUGCAGUGUGUCAGCCUCUGACAUACAGAAGCAAAAUAAAUGUUCGUGUUACCAUGAUCAUGAUCCUGGUGAGCUGGGGUAUCUCUGCUCUGAUUGGAAUUGGUAUAAUAGUUGCAGGAUUCAGCCAAGGAACGUGUGAGGAAAUGUGCUCAGUUGAUGUAGUGAUGGCAAACACUAUGGGACCUGUUUUCUCUUUUUACCUCCCAGCGAUCAUAAUGCUCUGCAUCUACCUGAAGAUUUUCCUUGUUGCACAGAGACAGGCUCGCAGCAUCCAGAACACAACCUGUCAGAGCACAAAGUCUGGAGCAGCUGUCAGUAAGAUGGAGAGAAAGGCCACAAAAACUCUGGCUACAGUUAUGGGAGUGUUUCUUUUAUGUUUGACUCCUUAUUUUCUUUGUAUCGUCUUUCAGCCUUUAUCUUAUAAACCCCCACCCAUCCCUGUGAUUGAGACUCUUAACUGGCUUACAUUAUCAAAUUCAAUGCUGAAUCCUUUAAUAUAUGCUUUCUUUUACAGCUGGUUCAGGUCAGCCUUCAGAAUGAUCAUUUCUGGGAAAAUAUUCCAUGGUGACUUUGCUAACACAAAGUUGUUCUGA